CUCAUAGUUUGAAUAAGUACUACCAGUGUUGUGGACGAUGAUGGGUAGCAGCGGUGGUUGUGGAGACCCUAAAACUAGGGUUCUGCCUGAGUACUUCUCGAUCAAAGCUGCAUAUCCUCAGCCUCUACUCACUCCAAAGCUUAGCUGUACUUCCAACAUGACCCAAAUCCCUUUGUUACCAUUCAACCACCACCAUCAGAUGGUUCCAGUGACGUCGAAUGAGCAAGGCAGACAUAGCAGUGAUUGUUUUUAUAGUGAUAAACAACCGGCAGCUGCAGCUCCUCCUCGAAGUUCCCGAUGGACUCCAACCCCGGAGCAGAUAAUGCAUCUGGAAGAGCUGUAUCGAUCUGGGAUCAAGACACCGACGGCCCAACAAAUCCGACAGGUGGCUGCACGGCUUCGAAACUAUGGGAGGGUUGAAGGCAAGAAUGUAUUCUACUGGUUUCAGAACCGCAGAGCCAGGGAGAGGCAGAAGACACGCCGUGAACUCAUGUCCAUGCAUCAGUCUGACUCUAAACAACAACAACAACAAGCUUUGACUAAGAACACAAUUAGCAGUCUCCGGGACAAAGAAUCUGCAGGAGCUGACUUUCUUCGUUGUUUUGAAGUUGAGCAGCAGAAUAGGCGAACACUACCAAGCUUCACUCUUCUUACCAAUCAGAAAUCAUCUUCAGUACUACAAGAGCGGAUGAUGAGCAUGGUGAAAAGCAAUUCCUCCAGGCUACUUAUGGAACACAUCGAUUCACCUGGACUGACCUCAAACAUAAACAAGUCAGCUACAUUAGUUUACAGAAAGCUCUUGGACUUUCAUCACUAUUAUGAUUACGACUACGGUAUGGUACUAUUGAUUGCACCGAAUAUUUACAAAGAAGAAGAAGAAGAAGAAGAAAGCAGAGAAACUCAAACUCUUAAGCUCUUUCCACUCGAGAGUGACACUCUUAAGGGUGCUAAGGAUACCAAAUUACCUAUGAGCAGAACCAGCACGGACACUACUUCAAAUUUCAUGGCAGACCAAUAUUAUUAGUUUCUUUGAACAUUUAAGGGAGCAUAUAGCUAGGAAUCUAUAUAUUCAUGUAAUAAUAGUAUGCAUGCGUGUCUUCUCUUUCAUGGAAUAAUGUAGCACAUCUUAAUGAUCA